AAUGAGGCAGGAGAUUUGGGGUAUGGGAAGGUAAUCGUUGAAGUUGAUUCUCAGGUAAUGCUGGAUUUGCUUUUGAGAGGGAGUGACAGUGAGAAUUUUCGUUUUUGCAAUUUCCUUUUGCCGUGUAGACAUCUGAUGCGUCGGCCAUCGCAGCUUCGAUUCCAACAUCGUUACAAGUAGGCAUAGAGCGCUACUGACUUGCUUGUUCACCUUGCUUCUUUAUUCAUCCAUUGGAUUGCAUAGGUUAACAACUCCUCCAAGAGAUUAGGCAGAGGUUGUUAGCUGGGAUAUGGAGGCGGUGGCUACUCCAUGGCUGGUUCCUGUUUUGCAGUCGUUUUGUCUUAGGGCCCGCAGCACAUGCAUAGACAAACACCAUAAAUGCAAUUCUCUACACUCAGUUUUGGGACAACCACACCCUCUGCUAUGGCUGCUCUGGUACAGCGAUUAACAAGUGCAUCCACAUGUUUUGGUCUCUUAACAUGGCUUCUUUUUGCAAAUGUAGCCUUUUCCGGCCAAAUUGUGAAGCAGCUUCCGGGUUUUGAUGGUGAACUUCCAUUUAAACUUGAAACUGGGUACAUAAAUGUUGGUGAUUCUGAGCUUUUUUACUAUUUCAUUGAAUCUCAAGGGGAUCCAGAGAGGGACCCUCUAUUCCUCUGGCUAACUGGUGGACCUGGUUGUUCUUCCUUCAGCGGAUUAAUCUUGGAAAUCGGUCCAUUGGAGUUUGACGUAGACAACUACAAGGCAGGCUUGCCAGAAUUGAAGUACUACAAAUAUGCAUGGACAAAAGCGGCCAGCUUUAUAUUUUUGGAUGCACCAGUUGGCUCUGGUUUCUCUUAUGCUAGGACUCCAGAAGGAUGGAAUAUGUCAGACUCAGAAUAUGCAGAGCAAUCCUAUCAAUUCCUCAAGAAGUGGUUGUUCGAACAUCCUCAGUAUCUGAAACUUCAGCUCUUUAUAGGUGGUGAUUCUUACUCGGGCAUUCCUGUUCCGCUGAUCACUAAAAAAGUCAUAGACGGCAAUGAAGCAAGGGUUCAUCCGCAUUUGAAUCUUCAAGGAUAUAUUGUAGGGAACCCACUUACUGAUUCAAUUAUAGACGGAAAUUCAAGAAUAGUCCUUGCGCACAGGUUGUCAUUUAUUUCAGAUGAACUCUAUGAGAAACUUAAAACGAGUUGCAAUGAGAUGUAUGUGGAUGUAGAUCCAUCCAACUCGGAGUGUUUAUCAGCUCUUGCAUAUUAUCAAGUGUGUGUAAAAGAUAUAAAUAGCAAACAAGUUUUGGAACCUAACUGUUUAUCCUGGAAAGCAAACGCAGAAGCUGGUCGAAGAUCUGUAAAAGAAAACCCGUCAAAUUUCACCCAUCCAUCACCCCCAAGAAUUUCCAAAUUUCAGUGUCAAGUAAAUUGCUUCACCUCAAUUUCUUUCAUAACUUCUCUACCUUUGCUAGUAAUCGGCUUCUUUAUGCAGAAUUUUGUUUAUAUGCUGCUCUACUUGUGGGCAAAUGAUCCUACAGUCCAAGAUGCGUUACAUGUUCAAAAGGGAAUGAUAUCAGAAUGGGUGAGGUGCAACAGGAGUUUAUCAUACAAAGCAGAUGUUCGAAGUGUCGUUGAUGUUCAUCAGUAUCUCAGUACUAAAGGCCUGCAACUUCUUGUUGAGACUGGUGAUCAUGACAUGAUUGUUCCCCAUAUUGGAACUGAAAAAUGGAUAGUGUCUCUGAAUUUGACGAUUGCAGAUGACUGGCGACCAUGGUUUAUUGAUGGCCAAGUUGCAGGAUACACAAGAAAGUAUGCAGAACAUGGAUUUCAAUUGACAUUUGCAACUGUAAAGGGUGGGGGUCACCCAGCACCAGAGUUCAACCGAAGAGAAUGCUAUGAGAUGUUUCAAAGGUGGAUUCAUUAUUAUCCUCUCUAGACAUUUUGUAAUUGAGAUUUAAACUCUGUUUACUAAUGGAAAAUAUGAUAUUUUCCAUAUUUUAUAAGAAAAUAACUUAUUUUCCUU